AUGAGAGAUGACGAGUGUAGUUUUAUGCGACUUGAACUGAUGUUCUGACAUCGUUGCAAUGCUGUUAACAUAAAUAACUGUUACAAAUUAUACAAAUCAAUAACGAUGAAUUUAUCUAAUAAUAAUGAGGAGACAUUUGAAUUAGCUUCGAAAACAUGGAAUCGAGUAAUCAAUUCCGCAACUAAAACAGGCUAUCGAGAGGGUAUCAAAGAUGGUUCGCUGUCGGUUUUCCAAGAAGGUUUUGAUAGAGGCUAUAAAGUGGCUUUCAAAACAUCAUUUCUCAUCGGAGUUUAUAAAGCGCUUGCAAACUGUAUAGCAACAAAUUUGGAACAUCCUAUGGAAAUUGAAAAUAUUUUGCAUGCGACUAAAAAAGGUGUUUGCUAUUUGUGUGAAACGAAAACUAAGGAAGAUAAAGAUAUGCAUGAAAAAUCAAUAUCCGAAAUAGAAUGUUAUCAAACUGAACACUCCGAUAGAAUUUUAAAAGUCUUACAAAAUCAUUAUAAUCCACUUUUAAAAGAAUUGAAU